AUGGGCGGUAAAGGUUCCAAAAACAAUAACGAAGAGGAGAUAUAGGAAGGAAAGCCCUUCAAUUUCUAAAAGCAUAUUUCAAUAUAAGUUGAUUAAAAUGGUAAAUUAAUAAAUGUUCCAGAAGAAUGGAAAAAAUAUGGUCUAGGCUUAGAUAUAGAUGAAACAAAAACAGUUAAAACUAAGAAAAUGCCUGAAGUUGUUAGAUUUGAAAAUGAACUUCCAGAAAAUAUUUAGGAAUUGAUAAGCAUGCUUUCUUUGACUGUUUCUAAACCAGAAAAUUUUGCAAGAGUCCAUCAUAUUGAAAUUGAUCCCUCUGCUCCAUACGGUCUUAAGGGUUUACCUCCUGAGUGGGAAGAAAGAUUCAAAGUUCAAGGCAUAAACACUGAAGAAGUUAAAGAAAAUCCACAAAACAUGAUUUCAAUUAUUAAUAAUUAUGAUCAAGGAAUAGAAGCUCCUAAAAAGAUUAUUCUUCCUACAAACGAUGAAUUUCUUAAGAUAGUUGAAAAUAUUGGUUUGCAAGAAGAUGAUCCAUCAAAGUUUUACAAUUUUGGAGAUAAAUUAGGCAAAGGAGCUAUGUGUUAGGUUUUCAAAGCCACUAAGAGAAAAACUAAGAAUGAAGAAUUUGCUGUGAGAGUUAUGAAACUAGGUGAUGAAGGUUCUAUGAACAAGAUUAAAAUUGAGAUGGCUAUCAUGAAAAUUUGUCAACAUAAAAAUAUUGUUAGAUAUUAUGAAACUUUUAAAUUCAUGAGUUGCCUUUUCAUGGUUAUUGAAUACAUGAAUGGAGGUUCACUCACAGAAAUCAUAUACUAAAAUUUUAAGACAAUACCGGAAGAUAUUAUUGCCUAUAUUCUUAGAGAAAUUAUUUAAGGUCUUAACUUUAUUCAUUUGCAAAACUAAGCACACAGAGAUUUAAAAUCAGAUAAUAUUUUGGUCAAUAAGAACGGAGAAGUGAAGGUAGCAGAUUUUGGAUUUGCUACUUAACUCACACAAGAAAAACAAAGAAGAAAAUCUGUCGUUGGUACACCUGCUUGGAUGGCUCCUGAACUCAUUUUAAAGAAGGAAUAUAAUGAAAAAGUUGAUGUAUGGUCUACAGGUAUUAUUGCAAUUGAAUUAGCUAUGGGUGAACCACCUCACUUGAGAAUGCCUCCAUUGAAAGCUAUGUAUACUAUUUCUAGUAAAGCUCCUCCAAGACUUGACCCUGCAAACUUUACUUAAAACUUUUGUAAUUUUGUAGAGCAAUGCUUAUAAAAGAAUCCAGAUGAAAGAGCUUCAUUUUAGACACUCUUAGAACAUCCUUUUCUCAAAAAUGUACCUGCUGAUGCUGCUUCUAAAUUUGCAUCAAUGGUUCAAAAUAAAAAAAAUAUUCCACUCAAUCAACUAUUUAACAUUCCAAAAGAUAAAUAGUGA